GAGACCUGAUGGGAAGCUUUGUUUUGUUUUCAGCUUGGCUGGAUUAAUUAAACGACUCCCGCAAGCAAAUUUUUGUUUUGGUCCAUCGUUCAGAAGCAUUGCUUUCGCUCCUGCACUCCAGUAGCUCCAAAUUCAAUUCAUCUUGGGCUGCAUCCUUGCCUCACUUCGUUCGUUGCAUUCAAUUGUUCCAGAUCAAAAGAAGAUGCGAAAGAUUUGUGGCGCCAUCGUUCUUGCGGCCUUUUGGGCAAUGGCGUGUGUGAAGUACGACGUGACCUUUGCACAAUGGAUUAGCGGAACAUACUACAUGGACACGGCCAAGAGUCAAACUGGAAGAAAGACUCACUUGGUUGAUUUUCAAACAAGGGCACAAAUGCAAGCCUCGAACUCGACGGGCUUUCACCGACGAGACUGUCACACAGAAUGCCAGUACAUGUUUGCGGAAAGAAUGGGUUAUGCCACCAUGGUCACCCACUCUAUCGGAGACUGGGACACAUGUCGAUGCGGAAAGAUCUUUUGCCAAGGGAACAUCACAGAAAAUCACAGCUCUGAAGAGGAUGUACUAUCAAGCUGUUCAUGGUCACCGGCUGCUAUCAAUACUCUCGUGGAGUUGGUGCAACGGGAGGAUAUCUGCACACCUAGUCACGUCCAGGACUUUUAUCUCCCCGAAGAAUGGGAAAAAUAUCAGUUCGGCGACUUUUUCAGAGAGCAAGCACAGUGGAGAGGAGACGAUUGGCAUACACAACAUAGAAAGGAAGACAGCUUUAUCGAGGCAUACUACCAAAAAGCAAUCAAGAGUGGUACACGCGGCAACAACUAUGAUCUUUUGCACCAAGUGGUCAAGGAGAAGCUCAGAAACAUGACUAAGGCUGUCAAUGGUCCCAACAAGGACGUGCUGCCGAAACCCCGUACAAUGGUGGUACAUUUGCGUAUUGGGGAUGUUGUAGACUUGGACCCGCACACUGUCCAAGAACUACUCGAAACCCAGCGGUAUUUCUACAGGUUCAACAAGGGGGGAAUUUGUUGCGCCAUGCCAUGGCAACAACCAGAUUGGGACCCGAUCGAAGAAGACUUCAAUGCGUAUGUUCGGCCUCUUUCUUACUACAAAGAGGCGUUGCUGACAAAUCAAUCAACAAGCUUCGAUCAUGUAGUCUUGAUGGGAGCUGUCCACAAAGGGCAGGUGGGGGUCCGUGCGUAUUAUGCCACCAAGAGUUGCAUCUACACUACAACCAUUCAACGAUAUAUUCAGAAAGUAUGGCCUCAAGCCGAAGUCACCUUGCGGCUGGCACAGCAUCCGGAUGAAGACUUGGUCUUUGCUUCCCACUCAAAGAAGCUUGUCACGUCCGGAGGUGGUUACUCAAAGAUUAUCAGCAGGCUUCAGGAAAAGGUCAUGGAGGAAACGUGAGAGGUGAAAUGAGCCGAUUCUGUUUGGCUCCGUACCGUCUACUAGUACAUCUUAGGCUAGAAAACAGCAUGAUCUAGAAACAUGUUUUCAAAAAGUCAAAACUCGAAGACACUCUUGCAGCCUUUGAUAAUGGUGCUUCUUGAAUCACUGAAUCAAAUCGCAGCAUCAAACCUUAUCAAGCUUCCCUUUCCUUGGGUCAACUAUUCCAUAGCUACAGAACAUGAACGAUUGCUGCUCUAGCUAGAGCAGGUUCCAUUUUAUGGUUAUUCGACCUGC